UCUGAGGUUGAGACAUGCUGUAAGAAAGAACAGCUUCACUUAUUCUAACAGAAGCUUCCUGCCAUCCAUACAGUAAAUAUCCUUCUUGAUGUUAAAAAGAACUGAUUAAUCAGAGAGUCUCUGUAGGUUCUGAUUGACUGAAAGCUUUGACACAAUGGCAGGCUCCUUUCAGGGGAACUGUCUGUGUGGCGUCCUCGGUGCAGGCCUGUUUAUGGCAGGAUGUGCAUUCUUCAUCAUAGCAGCCUUUCCAGUUGUUCAGAUUGCUUUGGGCCUGGUUUACAGGGAGGAGUGCCCAAUAAGACCAGUCAUCCCAGUGUAUGUGAUGGUGUUUGGGGUCUUGGCCCUGCUGGUGAUGGCCAUGUUCACGCUGCCAAAGCUCGUGUCUCCUGCAGCAGAGAGUCAGACCAUCUGGAAGGUCGGUGUGGCCAUCCUGCUCCUCGCGUCUUUCAGCUGGCUUCUCUUCGGCAGUUAUCACAUUUAUUCCAUAUAUCCACCCAACUAUAAGAAGAACAUCACGGGCUCCACCAGGCGGACCGCCACCCUUCCUGCACCUGACAGCCUGACGGCCUCCCAGAACCACAGCCUUCAGAACCUCACACACACCCCGAUCUUAUUGGGGUUGAAUCUAACUGGGUCCCUCAACACCACCGAUGGGAGGAUAGACAGAAACCAGGCAAACAACCAACAACCGUUACCGCAGCUUGUAGCAGUGUCUCCAUACUGCAGCAGAACUGUGUACAUGUUUGCUUUCUGGACCACCACACUGGUUCACGUGUUUUUGGGAAAUGCACUGCUGAUCAUAAUCUGUCUGUUUGGUUUCAUGAAGUGUAUAGAUGUGUUUGUGAAGCAGCUCAAGACCUGAGCUGGCAGCUGAGAUGACGUAGGAAAGCAGGACCAUUAUUGUCCUAAAUAUCGGCACCUCAUGAUACAGGGACGGAUUUAGGAAAUGUGAGGCCCUAGGCAAAGACAGGCAUGGAGCUCUCUGAAAUGAGUAGACACACAUAAAACAGAAACAUCAUAAAGAUAUAGAAUUUUUUUUAUAGA